UUUUCAUUUUCCACAAAGGAUAAGAAAGAGAAAAUGAACAAAAUCUCGGCUGCUUAGGAAAAAACCUUAUAACUUAAGUAAAACUAGUAUGUUUAUUAAUUUUACAAUCUCAUUUAACCAGUAAAAAGUGCAAUAAAAAAACCUCUACCAAAAGCCCCUACAAUGGAUUUCCCACAACAAAUCGAAGUUUAUUCCAUCCAAUUCCCAUACAAAUAGAUUAGUGGCACACCCAAAAUUAAAAAAACACUUGUCGAAACUCCCAUGACAUAUGAUGUAGUGAUGGAAUCUCUUUUCGAACGUAAAAACACAAAACCCGACAACACAUUGUCGUCAUCAGCAGCAGUAUCUUCACUCAUUACAUCGGCUGAUUUGAAAAUGUCAUCAAGUUUGGGUAGUAAUUUGGAGGAUACUACACCAAGUGACUCUGGAGUUCAGACCUUGGACUCCGAGUCAAGUAGUGAACUUAUGAUAGAUUCAAUAACCUCACAAACUGGUUUUGAUUUUGAAGAUUUGAAACCUCUAGUUGAGUCUGAGUUGCAUUCCAAUCAAUUGCCAGAUCUUGUGCCGAAUCAGCUUAAGGCUGGACAAAUUAUACGAAGCGAUUUGGAAAACUCAAAUGUGUCAGUUUUAAAUGGCGACGAUGUAAUGACAACAAGUAACUGCUCUACAUUUGACGGAGAAAAUAUAGUAUAUCGUCGAAGAAUCAGAAAGCCUCAUGCAACAACAAAGACACCCAAAAAGAGAGUGUCAUUCCACGAAGAUAUCUUAAAGAAUACACGCACGGAUAAUAUCCACAUUGAGCACGGCUUUGUUACAUACAAAAACGGCCGGAAAGCUGCUGCAGCCACUUCGAUGGCAGGUCGUUACUCAUGGUGCUCCGAAGGCGAUGCUGGUGGCUCUGAACUUUGCAAUCAGGAACCUGAUGAUCCUGAUCGUCGAGUUGUUUACCGAAAUGCUUGUUCAGAUGUACUCGAUUAUGGCAACUCGGAUAUUUACGAAAACAAUGACAGCAAUUACUUGAAGUAUGAUAACUCGGGUGUGUUUGAGUACCAUCCUCAACAUGCCCAAAAACAAAAGCAAACCGAACAAGCCGCCAGUUCCGGCAAGAACGAUGCAAAACUUUAUAAAUGCUCAUGCUCAAGUUCCAAUUCCAGUUUGGAUUCUGAUGAAAUGGAUAAAAACUCUAACAGCAGAUCCAAUUAUGCUCAAGCAAAGUCCAACUCUUGUGACUGCAUCGGCAUGAAUCACACAAAUAACAAUUUUAUCAAUGACAAUUGCUAUUUCUCUGAACCGAACAUUGACAACUUGAACGAAGGCAAAUCCGUUUGGAACAAAGAGAAAAGGCCAAAAACUAGUUGUUUAAAGAAGACCAAGCGUCACACUAACAUUAUCCACGAGCAGGAUCUCAAUACGAAAGUUAAGAAAUUCAACGUACAUGACAUGAAUAAUCUUAUUGACAACAGUAAAAUGAUAUUUGGUUCGUUGAAGAGCAUUUUUACUAUUCCGCUCCCAGAGCGUGGCGUUCCAGAGGGCUCUGAAGACUUGCAAUCAGUUUAUGAGUGUGUUCCUGAGGCUGAUGGGUCGGUAAGAAGUUUUUCACCCAUCAGAGCAAGACCAUUUCUUAGUAAGAGUCUAGAUGGAUCUAAGGACAAGAAUAAGUCUAAAUUUGUGCACAAUGUUGAUGAACAAUUGCGUCGCAAAAAUGAGGAGGAUAUGUUUGCUCCAACUCGGCAAAAUAGUGCCGACGACAAACCAACAAUUGAAGACUCACCCGGACAAGACGAGUCGAUUAAAGAAACACCAGACUCACAAGUGGUUGGCGGAAUGAACCAGUUUCGUAACAAAUUCAUCAUUAAUUGUGAAAGUACUGUGUUCGAGCACACCGGAGUGUCGUAUACUUUUGAGUCGUAUGGUUUAGAUGGCGGCGGCAAUCAAGCCGAUGUCGCUAAUUCCAUUGCAAAUUCAACUCCUUUAGCACAAACUGAUCAGGAGAAAGGUGCUUUUAUGUCGGUGCCAAAUGUGAAGCAGACAUUUGCCAAUAUAUUCCGAACAUUAAAAGAAACAGCGACAUCGCCAACAGCUAAAAAGGAUGACUUCCCCGGUGCAAUGGCGCUACCACGUGCAGAAGUGCCUAAAGAUCAGGAGGCAAUUUUGGUGGAUGCAAAACCAGCCUCCACCUCAACUCCCAGUGAACCAUCAGACUCGAAGUCAAUGACCUCUGAUAUGACGUCGUCAACAUCAUCUUGGCAAAAAACUGGCCGGUGCUCCCCAGUGACUAGUGGUUCCAGCAAUAAAAAUGAAGUUCGAAAUAGUGUGGAGAAGCAGAAUCGACACUUACCCUCGCCAAUGAAGAAGCGAGUUGGUGGAGCAUGUGCCCUCACUACAGUACCGACGCGUUUCGAACAUCCCAACCGCAUGAGUCCGGAUCUAUUUAAUCUAUACACAGGAAGUCGUGGUGGUUGUGGUCGUGAUUCGAAGAGCACAAUUCUGAGUGAAGAAUUUGAUGACAUUUUGACCAUAACUACCGACACCGAUAAGAACGAAAGUGACAUAGUGAUAGUUGACUACCCAGAGGCUUCAUCAUCAAGUGAAUAUACGCCACCAAAUAUGCAAAACAACAAUCUACUAAAACCUCAGACCAAAACCAGUUUAAUCAAUCGAUUCCUGAGGAAUGUUACUCAGAAGAAAAUAAUCGAGACAACCAUAAGAAAGAACAAUUUCUUUGCUGGCAAAAUUAAGAAUGAACAAAAAUUAUUUUCGGGAAAUCUUUAUGUUAAAGGAGUCAAGCCUAAGAAUAUCGAUUUAAUUGAGGAUCUUAAUGCAGAGAUAGCCAUGGAAAUUGAAAUGUCUGCUGCGAAUUCACCACGACGUGAAUUAGUUGGCAUAGAGGCUGGUCUCCCAGGAGAUAUCUCUCGCUUUGAAUUAGGAAUAGGUGAGAUUUCUAUCGAUAUAUUCAAUGGAAAUUAUUUGCACAUCCUAAGAAAUGAUAGUGAAACCUUAAUGAAAGUUUUCAAGUUAUACACUGGUUACAGCAGGGAAGGUUUUAUGACGCCAGUGUUGGUGUUUUUGACUGAUAAGACUUUGUAUGUGGCCGAUUUGGUGAGAAACAGAUUGUGUAGUAAAUUCGUUUUACCCUAUUCCGAGUUGGAUGUUAUAUUGAUGGGCCCAUAUGGCAACACUGUUUUGUUGAGCAACUGUGAUCGCGACAUGCAACAAGUUCUUUUGGCUGGCGGUCCAUAUCCCGCAGAUGGUUUAGUUGCAAAUUUAGAACUAUGUGCCCGUCGUGGUGGAUCUAUUCUUCCAGCUGUUGGGCAACUCACCCUGCAGCAUCUAUCGCCUCUACAAGCAUUCGUACGGGAAAAUUCCUCAGUAACAAAAGAUGACAUCUGGAUGUAUUAUGCAGUUAUAAAUAUUCCAGCUGGUACAUUAGGUAUUGAAGAGGAGCCACUUGGGCCUCAUGUAAAAGGAUUCCUUAUGCAUAGGCGUAUAAGAGAACAUGCUGUAAAUUCAAGAGAAUCAUGGCAUCCUGGUUAUUUCUUGCUUAAAGCUGGAGUUUUGUACAUGUUCCAUGAUUCAACUCAAAAACUACCAACAUGGGCCAUGGCCCUAGCCGAAUGUCAAGGUGCUCGGCGUUCCUUGAAGGCAGGUCGUCCACAUUGUUUUGAAAUUCUUCUUAGAAAUCAAUUACUUCAGUUGGCUGCUCCUGACGAGUAUGUGGCAUCGGAAUGGCUGCAAGCUCUACUGCAAUCAGCCAGUGGGGUGGGUCUCUUUGAAAUGCAGGAAAAACACAAGACAUUGGGUUGUUCUUUGAUAGUGACACAAAAUCAUUUGAUAACUCUGCGAGAAGACUUCUCUGCCCCAUUGCGACAGAUAAACAAGAGUCCCAACAAAAGUAACACACAACAAAACGAUAGAAAAACUUCACCCUUCAAAGAACUAUUUGAAGCCAAUGUUAAUGACACAAGUAGUAUUAUAAGCUCUGAUAUGAGUACACCAACCAGAAAUACAGGCCGCUCAAAUUCUUCACUUAACUCGACUCCAACUCGGUUGUCUCAAGCAUCACAAUCAACAAUAACAACAUCAACUACAAAUUCAAAACACCACAGGCAAAGCUUAGAAGAACAUAGUUCAACAAAUAUGAGCAGUGUCUAUGGAAAGAAUUCUGGCAUUGAAAUACUCACGUGUGCUGAUAUUAAGGAAAUGACUGGCAUAAAAAUUCCAUCACAUAAUGAUACAUGGUGGUGUGUUCUGGAGUUCUCGUGUCAAGAGGUUCGAGAGAGUUCAGAUGAUUUGGUUAUAUUUUUUGCAAGUAGUUCUGAAAUGCAAAGAUUUUUGCGAAUGUUGGAACAGUUGUGGCAAGCUAAAAAUAAUGAUUUAUUUCCCAUAACUGUUCUGGAUGAAGACGAUACCAUAUCUGAGCAGUGUACGGCUCUGUACAUGGACAUCCAACGCUCAUGGGAACCUCUUCUAUCCGCAGCCCUUGGUUACCCAUUGUAAGAAAUCAGAAUGUACGCAUAAGUGCUAUAAAUUAAUGAUUGGUGGCUAUUUUUCCAUAUUUUUGCUACAAAAGCACAUACAUACAUAAUAAUAUACAUUUAAUAAUGAUCUAAAUUAGAAUUAUUCUUCUCUCUAAAACAAAAAACUAUGAUACAUACAUAUAAAACUAUUAUGUAAUAUUUAAUUACUCUAUAUUUAUUGGGCUUCAAUAGCGAGCAGUUUUUGUUUUUAAAUUAAUUUAAAUAAUAUUGUUAAUCAUGGAUUAUGUAGUUUUAUAGAACGAGGUUAAUUUAUUUCCCUUGGUUAAACGUUUUGUGAUAUUUACUUUAUUUUUUCGCUCUCUAUUGAAUUUUUUUUUUUUAACUUUGAAAAAAAGAAAAAAUGUGAUUAUAAAAAUAUUAUUUAUUAUUUUACAAAGUAAGACAAAACAAAUACUUUCCAACAAUGUCUGGUACAUUUUUAUUGAAAGUUAUAUAUUCCUCGUUUUGAUAACAAUGAUAAUUUUAUUUUGUACUUUUUUUAUGAUAAAAGAAAACAACUCAUUUCAAUAUAUAAAAAUAUUUAUAUUGUUAUUUUGAUGUUUUAUUUAUUUAUUUGUUUGAAUGAAUGUUGAAUGAAAAAAGUUGCUUCUAAAAGUGUGUUGUAAAAAAACGAGUGUUUUUUUCUUGUAUUAUUAUUUUUUGUAUUAAAUGAAAUGUUUAUUAAUUUAAUAUUCAAAAGCAAAAAUGUAGUUUUAUUUUAACAUUCCUUUUAAUACGUUUCUUAAAUAGAAAAAACACGUUUGUACAAAAAGCACAAACCCAUUAUUUAUGUUUUUUAAUUUUAAAUUUGAAUUUAUGAAUGUUUGUAUAUUUUAUGGACUUUGGAACAUUAUUGAAUUUUGUAUAGAUUUUUAAGAAUGUGCAAGAAGUUUAUUAUCAAAUACAUAAUUAAAAUCAAACAUAUAAUUGUAAUGGACUUGAAAACAAUAACGAACGGAACAAUAUAUUAUUAUUACUCAUAUAAAAUAACAAUACAUAAUUCCCAUGCAAACAAAGUAUUAACAAUGGAAGAAUAAAUGUUUUGUGAUUUUUUUUUUACAAAAGUUUAUACAAAGAAGUUAAAGCUGAUAAGUGGAGUGGAUUGAUUUAAAUGUGAACUAAUAAGAAAAUACAGCCAACAUUAUAACAUAACAUAUUCUGAUGCAUGCUACCUAUUUGAUAUUGGAAUCUUAUUUUUUAUUGGAAGGUAUUUAUUAAUUUAAUUGACAGUCUGAGGUGAUAAUAUUUUCAAUUGGGAAUUUUAUUUCUUAAUAUAAUUUUCUUGCCUUCUAUUGCGGUAUAUUCAUUUGUUCUUAUGGGUGCUCUUUCCAUAAAAAUUGUACUUGAGUAGUUCUUUGAAAAUGUACAUAUUGUUUGUCAAAGUUCGUUGAGAUGUCGACGUUCUAUUCAAAUUUGACUUCAAUAUCUUUGGCAAUUCACAAAAGAUACGAUACGAAAAUUUCAUAAUAUAAAGUUCUUUGGAAUUUGUCAUACAAAUAAAUUUAAUACGAAAUUGCUAAGGCCCAAUAAUAGGACCUGUCGGAAAUCUUCAGGGAAGUCUUGUAUCUUUAACUGAUACCAAUAAACUGUAAGCUUUACUUUUGAGUACAGUUGACGUAGUCAGUUUUCGGAAGAUAACAUUGGGCAGGUUCAGACAACAUAAGAGACUUCAUUUGUAGUCAACUUUAUUAUAUUAUGUGAAUUUUGACGAGAAGGCAACUAGUUAGUUUGUCAAGUGUCAUGAAUUUAAAAUUCAGAACUUUAUUUCACAAACCUCUACUUUAUGUUUAUAGUACAAAAACUACCAAAAGCAUUAUUGUCUACAAAGCACGCCUCAGACAAUCUGCAACUCUAUCACGACUUGUAUUUGUGCUGUAAAGAAAUUUACUUAUUUAUUUUGCAGAAAAUAAAUAAAUCGUUGAUGGAAGUGACCUUUUCAAAGUGAUGCAAAUAUUAAUAACGGGCUUAAGGUCAAUGAAAAAACAAUUAUUUAUGUUGUCACGACGUUUCGUUUAUGUCUAUGAAUAUCAUCAGGUGUGGCAAUUAAUCUAUAUUUGCAUUAAUAAAUUGGUUACAAUUUGAUAACAUUAAAAAACUAUGAAAACUUACUCUUGUUACAUGGAUAUUGCACUUAAAUAAAUCAUAGAGUAAUAAAGUUCGGCUUUCAGUUGAAUGAAAAGACAUGGUCAACUAUCAUUUUGACAAAAGUAGACUUGACUUCAUAGUUAGCGAUUGUCUUGACUAACUUUCCAGUCAAAUUUCCAUUAAAGUUGACUUAAUUGGAAGGCAAUUUUUUGGACAGCUGGCCAAUCAGAUAUUAGAAACUUGCUUUACUUAAGUCCCUUAUGUCGUUUAAACCUGCCCAUUUAUUAAAACUUUGAAUUAUUUGACAGCAUUUCAAAUGUUAUAAACGUUUGUAAGUUACAUUUUUUUUUGUUUAAAGAAAAAAAAAAGAACAGUACAUGAGUUUUUAAUGAGUUAAUGAGAAUACCAAAAAGGUCUCUUCGAUUAUGGAAUCUAAACUAGAUUCACAGAGCAGUGCUUCUUACUUUCCUUUAAGAUAAAAGAGUUUCGAAGGCGACAUAGACAAUUGUCCGUAUUAUUUUUUAAUACAUGACUUUGUUCCUGAGAGAUGAGAGUUAUCCUUAUCCGGAAAGAAACUAAAUAUUGAUUAAUCUUCGACCAAGACUAGAAUUAAAAUUAAUGCAGUUAUUCUUACUCAUAUAUGUAUUUCGUUCGUUGCUUGCCUAUGUUUCUUCAAAAAGUGCACGUCUUCCUAUGUAGGGGUUUAGGUUUUUUACAGAAAGCUAAAGAAUGUUUUAGUUUAAAGUUAAGUUUAUUAUGAUUCCCAAUAAUCGAUUAUUUAUUUUUUAUCAAAAGAAAUAUGAACGAAUUUUUGUUUAAUACUGUCGCAUACCUACAAGCUACGCAAAACUUAACUUCUUGAGAAAAAAAUGGGGUUUAUUAUAUUAUUAUUAUCUACUUUACCAAAGAUUUAAAUUUAAGAUAUAUUCCAAUUAAUAAACCAAGGAUUUAUUUUUAGCUAAGUAUUAUGAAGGAACAUCAAGAUAUAACAGAAAUACAUUUUUAAAAUAUAUUUAGUUAGAUU